UGGGUCUUGCGUCAUCUGCUUAAGUGUGACCUACAUCUAUUUUUUCUUCACUAAACAUACAUUGCAUCAGAUAACUUUUGUGAAAAGGCGGAUAUUUUUUGCAUAUUUAGAUAGCAGUCAGUCGCUUGUGGAGACCAGAGUAUUUACCCCGAGAGUGCGGGGCAACACAUGAAAUAGCAUUGAAGACAAGAGCUAUAAUCAUGCAUUUCCUUCGUGCUGUCUGUCUGAUGAAGAAGCAUGCCUACCUUAAUGGAGUGGCUGGGGCCAGGUAUAUGUCUUCUGUCCAUGGAGCCUCCAAGAGCACUCUUGACAAGCCAAGAAGAGCACACCUUGUUCUGGAAGAUGGUAGUGAGUUUCGUGGAUACUCAUUUGGACAUGAGGCCUCCAUUGCUGGAGAGGUAGUCUUUAACACAGGACUGGUGGGGUACCCCGAGGCCCUGACUGACCCAAGCUACCACGGCCAGAUACUGACCUUGACCUAUCCCAUAGUUGGUAACUAUGGUGUGCCGGACACACAGGCCAGAGAUGAAUAUGGACUCAUGCUGAAUGUGGAGUCUGACAGAAUACAUGCCUCUGGAUUGCUGGUCCAGGACUAUUCUCAUGGAUACAGUCACUGGAAUUCAGUCAAGUCUCUCUCACAGUGGCUGAAAGAGGAGAAGGUACCUGGUCUCUAUGGUAUAGAUACUAGGAUGAUUACCAAGAUGAUCAGAGAUAAGGGCACAGUGUUGGGAAAGAUUGAAUUUGAUGAGCAACCAAUAGAAUUUAUGGACCCCAACACAAUGAACCUGAUUGAUAAGGUGGCCACUAAGGAUAUCAUAGUGUACGGGAAGGGAAAUCCCCUCAAAGUGGUGGCAGUGGACUGUGGUAUAAAACACAACAUGAUCAGAAUGCUGGUGAAGAAAGGAGCAGAAGUGACUCUUGUCCCGUGGGAUUAUGACUUCACCCAAGAUAAAUUUGAUGGACUGUUUAUUUCUAAUGGGCCAGGUGACCCUGCUGUGGCCGGGGAAUUGGUGGCCAAUGUGAAGAAGGUUUUGGACAACAGACCAGAGCCAAUAUUUGGUAUAUGUAUGGGGAACCAGAUCACCUGUCUGGCAGCUGGGGCACAGUCUUAUAAGUUACCUUUGGGAAACAGAGGUCACAACCAGCCAGUGAUCAACCUCCUGAGUGGACAGGCUUUCAUUACCUCCCAGAACCAUGGCUUUGCUAUAGACAACAAGACUCUUCCCCCAGGCUGGCUGCCACUCUUUAUCAAUGCCAAUGAUGGAACAAAUGAGGGUAUUUAUCAUGAAAAUCGCCCUAUAUUUACUGCACAGUUUCACCCAGAAGCCAGAGGAGGUCCUACUGACUCUGAGUUUCUGUUCGACAUGUUUCUUGACAUGAUAAAAUCUGGGGAGCAAAAAGUGGCGAAGAUUGUGAAACCAAUGCCACCUAAGCCAGACUUGAAGCCAGUGUCUAAAGUUCUGGUCCUGGGCAGUGGAGGGCUGUCCAUUGGUCAGGCUGGAGAGUUUGAUUACAGUGGCUCUCAGGCCAUCAAGGCAUUAAAGGAAGAGAACAUUGACGUAGUUUUAAUGAACCCAAAUAUAGCCUCGGUCCAAACCAAUGCUGAAGGGGAGAAGCAGGCGAAUACUGUCUACUACUUACCCAUCACAGCAGAGUUUGUCACCGAGGUCAUCAAGAAAGAGAAACCCGAUGGAAUUCUGCUUUCAAUGGGAGGACAGACAGCACUCAAUUGUGGUGUGCAGCUACAUGAUGCAGGAGUGUUCCAGGAGCACGGAGUCCAGGUGCUGGGGACACAGAUCAGCAGUAUCAAGGCCACUGAGGACAGACAGGUGUUUGCUGACAUGUUGAAGGACAUUAACGAGAGACUGGCUCCUAGCAUUGCUGUGGAAACAGUGCCUGAUGCCUUGGCAGCAGCUGAGGAGAUCGGGUAUCCAGUGAUGGUGAGAGCAGCCUAUGCCCUGGGGGGUCUGGGGUCAGGAUGGGCACCAGAUAAGGAGAAACUUAAGGACAUAGCAACCAGGGCACUUGCACUGUCUAAUCAGAUUCUUGUGGAAAAGUCACUGCUUGGUUGGAAGGAGGUAGAAUAUGAGGUUGUCAGGGAUUCAGCAGACAACUGUAUUACCGUCUGCAAUAUGGAGAACUUUGAUCCAUUGGGGGUUCAUACAGGCGACUCCAUAGUUGUUGCUCCCAGUCAGACUCUGUCAAAUUACGAGUACCACAUGCUGAGAGAGACCGCCAUUAAGGUGGUGAAACAUUUUGGCAUUGUUGGGGAGUGUAACAUUCAGUAUGCCCUGCACCCUGAGUCUCUGGAGUACUGUAUCAUUGAGAUUAAUGCUAGACUGUCCCGUAGUUCUGCUCUGGCCUCUAAAGCCACAGGCUAUCCCCUGGCAUUCAUUGCGGCAAAGUUGGCAUUGGGGAUAGACCUUCCCAGCAUUCAAAAUGCCACCACAGAGCAGACGACAGCCUGCUUUGAGCCCAGUUUGGACUACAUUGUCACCAAGAUUCCACGCUGGGAUCUGGAUAGAUUCCACCAGACAUCCAAAGAAAUUGGCAGCUCCAUGAAAAGUGUUGGAGAGGUGAUGGCAAUUGGACGUACAUUUGAGGAGAGUCUUCAGAAAGCACUGAGGAUGACUCACCCCACUGUACCUGGCUUGACACCAGCACUUCCUGCGGGAAAGAGCUACGCCCCUGAUAUGGACUUGGAAGCCCUGCUGAAAGUUCCUCAUAAUUCUCGGAUACACUGCAUUACUAAGGCUUUCCAUGAGGGUUACACCGUGGAUGAUAUUCAUAAACUGACUGCUAUUGACAAGUGGUUCCUGUACAAACUGGACAAGAUAGUCCAUAUGGAAAACACUUUGAAGUCCUACAAGGG